UCAUCCAUCCUCUUAUCCUGUCAUAUUCUCUCCUCUGCUCUGUCAUCGGCCGUCUAUUUGCUGUAUCGCUGCCCAUAUCGUCGUGAUCAUAUGGCCAAAAGAAAAAACUUCAGGAGACAUGGCGAAAACGAACGGUGUAAAAGCCACGAGAGCAAUUAUCUUUGUGACGGAACCAACAUCACAUUCGCGAAGUUACUUUGGGUGCUCCUGCAAACAAUAUUUCGAAGAUGAAGCAGUGUUUCAUAAGCAUAUGGAAAAUGAUCAUGGGGUUGAAACGAUAGUUGAUAACCAUACCCGUCGCAACUUUUCUUACGAUAUCAAGGAUGUCAGUCUCAGCACUGCGGCCGUUGAUAGUGACGCAAAGUGGAGUGUUGGUGAUCCUUUGGUAUCUGAUCUGUUGCACUCAUUUCGCGACCAAGUGCUCAUUCGUCACGAAAAACAUCAGCCGUUGUCACAUACUGAUCUACUGGCACUUGAUUACAUGUUCUCUUCCGCGAAGGAUGUGAAUGAAAGCGCUCCUGUUCUCACCGACGAUGAGCGCAAAAACGUGAUUGCAGAUAUGGAGUUGAUGCAAUAUCCAGUAAAAAUGUCCCAAUUCGCAAUCAAAUGGUGCAACGAUCUUCCAGGAAUUCCCCAAUUGGAGAGACAUCAAGGUGGCUACAGCCAAAUGCAUUUGCGCAGCAGCAGAUACGGACAACGAUGAUGAUCUUCUUGCUGCCGAGAUACUGCAUGCUCUGUCUGGCCCGUUGAUCAAGGGCGAUCAAGAAAGCGCAUCCUGGAAGACAGG